AUGCACAUUUUUGUUCCAAACCCAGAAACAGCAAAACAGAACAGCCCAAACAUGAUGUGUUAUGUUGGCAAAGCAACAAAGAUCUUCAUCUUCGUGGUCACAGUGCUUGUGGUCGUCGGCCUCGUCUUGGGUUUCGGGAUUCUCCGCCAUGGCCUCCACGACAAGCCCCACAAAUGCUCCGGCGACUCCUGCAGCCCUUCCGACUCUUCUCCUCUCCAGUUCCCCACUCCCAGUUCCACCUCCAACCAGCCCAUCUCCGAUCCCAUUUCCCCACCUAACCCCACUCUAAACCCGUCUCCGCCGACGAGCUCCACUCCCAGCCCGCCAAGCCCAGAUUUCAGCCCACCUCCGCCGUCAACGAUCUCGACCCCGACCCCACCUCCGCCCGACCAGAGUACUUCCAAUCCGCCGCCAGUCCCAGUUUCCAAUCCGCCACCGCCAAUCACUGUCUCCAAUCCACCGCCACCAGUCACUGUUUCCAGUCAGCCCCCGCCGCCGGUUACGCUGGCAGCGCCGCCGUACAGUCCGCCAACUGAGGUGCAAUUGACGCCAGGCCCUGUCCAUGCUUAG